UCCAGGGCUUUGAAGGUGUGAUUAAAACAGCCGUGCUCCUUCCAUUCCAGUCAAGGGACCAGGAAGAAGCAUCCUGAUAGUGAGAGUCCCGACUUCACAGGGCUGGGACUGUGUCUUCAUUCACUGAGUUUGGUUAACUGGGCAGCCCUGCUUCCAGAUGCUGUUUGUUUUAGUUGUGUGUUCGUGUGUUCUCCUUUACUGUUUUAGUUUUUAAUAUAAAUAUAACUGUCUACACAGCUGAAGGAUGGCUUUUGUCCGAAACAUCCUGAAAUUUUAUUUUUUUUAAAAAAAUUAUUUAAAAUAAUAAUUUAAUUUAUUCCAUGUUGGUCUUACUAGAGAAGUAAUUAAAUUCUUUUUUUGAUUCUUGGCACUGCUGAUGGGAGCCUUAUUUCUGAAUUCCCAAAUCAACUAGCAUUGAUAUACAUUGCUGUGAAUAGGGCCUGCUCCUCUUUAAUAGUGAGCUGGGGACUGCACUGAGGGGGCCUGACAGCCAGGUGGCGCUGUAUUCCCUUGUUAAUAGAUCAGAAAUGGCCCUUCCUGUGUCGGUCCUGCUCGGGUAUUGGUCAGUAGAGAGUGGAUGAAACAGUCACAAAUACUGUGUGCAGGUGGUGUGUGAGCUCAGAACAGAUGAGAAGCCCCAAUAUUAACCAGAAUCAAAGUGAAUAUAGUAUAUAUAACAAACUAAGCACCAGGGCAGCAGUGUGGAGUAGUGGUUAGGGCUCUGGAUUCUUGACCGGAGGGUCGUGGGUUCAAUCCCAGGUGGGGGACACUGCUGCUGUAUCCUUGAGCAAGGUACUUUACCUAGAUUGCUCCAGUAAAAACCCAACUGUAUAAAUGGGUAAUUGUAUGUAAAAAUAAUGUGAUAUCUUGUAACAAUUGUAAGUCGCCCUGGAGAAGGGCGUCUGCUAAGAAAUAAAUAAAAAAUAACUGGGAAUUAGUAACCAAUUACCAUGAAACAGGUCAUGAAAACCAGUAUACACCAGUGCUGGGCAUUGCUGGGGUUUCCCUAAGGAAGCUCAUUUGAAUUGCAUUCACAACAGCAGGUAUUGUACGGCAAUCAUUAUCCUUGACCUCUCUGUUCAGCUGAUCCGAUUGAAUGAAGGACUUGAACACGAACACACCGAGUAAUUUGGGGAUGGAUAUUAAAGGGGCUGGAUCUAUCUCUGUGUAUCACAAACACACACACACACAGCGUUGAGCUGGUACGCCUUUUAUUUCGGUGUUGUCUCUUGACAGGCAGCGCUUUACCAAUCCGUUACAAGCAGGUCUGUCAAUCGGCUAUUGAGGUAAUCCUGCAAGCACACCCUGUCCUUUCAGCUUUCUUGACAGUUCAGCAUACACAUGUCGAUGGAGAAGCAGGCUGUGGAGCGAGCCAGGACGGCCUUCCUCACCAGGAGGUCGCGACCCCUGGAGUUCAGAGCUCAGCAGCUGAAGGCUCUUCAGAGGAUGCUGAAGGAGAGAGAGGGAGAGAUCUGCAUGGCGAUCAAACACGACCUCAACAAGAGCCAGUUUGACAGCGCCCUGUUUGAGCUGGUGGGUCUGGAGAGUGAGAUCCAGCUGGCUCUGGAGAAGCUCCCGGAGUGGGCAGCCCCUCGCCCCGCAGAGAAGACCUUGCUCACCCUGCUGGACGAGGUUUACGUCCAGCCAGAGCCCCUGGGGGUGGUCCUGAUCAUUGGAGCCUGGAACUACCCCUUCGCCCUGGUCAUCCAGCCCCUCAUAGGGGCCAUCGCAGCCGGUAAUGCAGCCGUGAUCAAGCCCUCAGAAGUGAGCAAGCAUACAGCCAGGCUGCUAGAGGAGCUGCUCCCUCAGUAUAUAGACCGGGACCUGUACCCCGUGGUGAACGGAGGGGUCCCCGAGACCCAGGAGCUCCUGCGGCAGCGCUUCGAUCACAUCUUCUACACGGGGAACUGCGUCGUGGGCAAGCUGGUGAUGGAGGCUGCCUCGCGCCACCUCACCCCCGUCACCCUGGAGCUGGGCGGGAAGAGCCCCUGCUACAUCGACAAGGACUGUGACCUCUCCAUCGUCUGCCGCCGGAUCACGUGGGGUAAGUUUGUAAACUGCGGGCAGACGUGCAUCGCUCCAGACUACGUUCUGUGUGACCAGAGCAUCCAGGGCAGGUUGGUGGAGGGGAUCCGACACACACUGCUGGAAUUCUACGGCGAUGAUCUCAAGACGUCUCCGGAUUACGGGCGCAUGAUCAACCAGCGACACUUCAAGAGAGUGACGGCUCUGCUGGAGGGGGAGACGGUGGCUCUGGGCGGGGAGAGCGAUGAGGCCGACCUCUUCAUCGCCCCCACAGUGCUGACGGAUGUGCCCCCCCACUCCAGGCUGAUGCAAGAGGAGAUCUUCGGCCCCGUCCUUCCCCUGGUGAGCGUGGGGAGCGUCGACGAGGCCAUUCGCUUCAUCAACCAGAGAGAGAAGCCCCUGGCUCUGUACGUCUUCUCAUACGACAGCAAGCUGAUAAAGCGGAUGAUCGCUGAGACGUCCAGUGGAGGGGUGGUUGCGAACGACAUGCUGCUGCAUUACAGCAUCAGCUCUCUGCCCUUCGGGGGUGUGGGUAAAAGUGGAAUAGGCAGCUACCAUGGGAAGCACAGCUUUGAGAGGCUGAGUCACCAGCGCGCCUGCCUGAUCCGGUCUCUGACCCUGGAGGGGAUGAACAAGGCCCGCUACCCUCCCCAGGAGGCCAGCAAGCUGCGCGUGGCCAAGUACUUCAUGCAGAAGCGGCUGUGGACGGGGGGGCUGUGCUGGGUCACGCUGGCAGUGCUGGCUGCCCUGCUGGCACUCACUUUACUCAUCGCCCUGCUGGCUCUCAUCCUCAAGGGCUCCGAGCAGUAACAGGAAUCCUCACCUUUUAGUGCUCGUCAUUAUUAGGGCUAAAGGAACUUCCCCUUAAUGAUGGUGCAUUGCGUUUUCUAAACAUGAACAGAAGUAAUGAAUGUUAAUAAUAAUCUCAAUUGUUAAUGCAGAUACAUUUUUAUUUGAUUUUACUUUUUUUUUCAAGCAUGUUAAACAGGACUUCAUUUAAGAGGCAGAUGAGCUGUGGUGUGUUAUAUAUUAGUGAUAUUAGCACAUACUGUACCUGUGUGUAAAAAUAAAUGUUUUUUUUUGUUUUUUUUUAAACCCAAUAAAAAUCUUUGA